AAUAUGGAUUCUACACUUCACUAUAUUCAUAAUGAUUCAGAUUUGAGCACCAACAGUAGUUUCAGCCCUGAAGAAGAAAGAAAAUCCAAAGUACAGGAUGUUGUACCUCAAGCCUUGCUGGAUCAGUAUUUGUCAAUGACUGAUCCAUCUCGCGCACAAACAGUCGAUACCGAGAUUGCCAAACACUGUGCCUACAGCCUGCCAGGUGUCGCGCUUACAUUAGGCAGGCAGAACUGGCACUGUUUGAAAGAUACCUACGAGACGCUGGCAUCUGACAUGCAGUGGAAGGUCCGGCGGACGCUAGCAUUUUCUAUACAUGAACUUGCCGUCAUCCUUGGAGACCAGCUUACAGCUGGAGAUUUGGUUCCUGUCUUCAAUGGCUUUUUAAAAGAUCUAGAUGAAGUCAGGAUAGGUGUGCUUAAACACUUGCAUGACUUUCUGAAGCUUCUUCAUCUUGACAAAAGACGAGAGUAUCUUUAUCAGCUUCAGGAAUUCCUGGUGACUGAUAACAGCAGAAACUGGCGUUUUCGUGCUGAGCUGGCCGAGCAACUGAUCUUGCUUCUAGAUCUGUACAGUGCCAGAGACAUUUAUGACUACUUGCGACCUAUCGCUUUCAGCCUCUGUGCAGACAAAGUGUCUUCUGUCCGUUGGAUUUCUUACAAGCUGGUUAGUGAAAUGGUAAAAAAGCUGUACAUGGCUUCAACAUCAACCUUCGUGGUAGACCUCAUGAAUGAACUUGUUGAAAAGUUCUGUAGAUGCCGCAAAUGGUCUGGUCGGCAAACUUUUGUCUUUAUUUGCCAGACUAUCAGUGAAGAUGACUGCCUGCCCAUGGACCAGUUUGCUGUGCAUCUGUUGCCACACUUAUUACACUUGGCAUCUGACAGGGUUCCAAAUGUUCGAGUCCUGCUUGCAAAAACGUUAAAGCAAACCCUUUUAGAGAAAGAGUAUUUUCUAAAUUCUGCCAACUCUCAUCAAGAAGCUGUGGAACAAACAAUUAUGGCGCUUCAAAUGGAUGAUGACAGUGAUGUCAAAUAUUUUGCAAGCAUACACCCUGCCAGUACCAAAAUUGCAGAUGAUGCUAUGAGCACUGCUUCAUCAACUUAUUAAAAAGUUCUGAAUGUUGCUAUAAUUAAAAAAAUGUAAACAAACUAUCCUCAAAUGCUUCUGAAAUGGUUUAUCUAGGACAACCUCUUUGGAAGGAGAGAUUUCUUGCCAGAUGUAACAGGUGGAUGUGAUCUAAACCUGAUACCAGGGUUUUUAAGUCAAGAAAAAGUAAACAUACCUGUGUCAGCUUGACUUUAGAAAAACACUGCUCAGAGGAUUAUUUUUGCCACCGAAGCCUUAAAUCUUCUGUCUUCCUGAACAAGUGAAACUUGAAUUGGCAGAUCAUUUUCAUUGUAGAAAGGAUGUGAGUUCCAGAGACCUGCAUUGUUUCUCCUGAGGAGUUAACUUAAAGUAUUUUCUGUAGCAACUGAUAGGUGAAAUGGCCAGAAAGGCAAAUUUAUACCAGGAUGUAAGACCUCCAGUAUUAGCGGUAAAAGUUUUUUAUCAUUCAAGGACUUUAUUUGUGUGCAGCUGGGCACACCCUUAAGUGGGAAUAGCUUUGAUGUUUGUAAAUGGGGAAAAGUAGAAAUUUGGAUUUCUCUUAAGGGCUCAGUGCUAACACUAAACUAGAAUUUGAUUUUAAUCCUUAAAUGCAGCAUAUUGCUGUACCCGUUAGCAGAAAACUUUUGCUGAGUACCUGUGUCCUAAUUAUUUUCAUGCUGGUCAUGACCUAAAGGAAAUUUAUUAGCACAUGUACUUUAAGUCAGGUAUUUUUAACUUGAUCAUGAUCGGCUCUGAGGUGCAACUUUUUUCUUCAUAUACUGUACAUAUCUGUGAGCCUCCUUGGAGUGCUGCAGUCUUUAAUCAUGUUGUUUAAAGCUGUUGUGAUACAAGUUGUUCUCUACUUGUCCAAAUAAAAUUUAUUAA